AUGUGGGUGAGAUGGACGUUGAUUACGAUGAUCGCGUUUUCAACGACAGGCGUGGUCGAAGGACACGUCAACUUGACAAUUCGACGGGAAUCAACUGUUCCAUCGUUUGUGAAGGAUAACGAUACCGAGUACGACGAAAUGGCCAACUAUACCGAUGAGGAAUAUCACAAUUAUCUGGUCGACUACAUAACACCCCGAAAAUCCGAAUGGGUAUUUAUAGUCAUGCACUCUAUGGUUUUCGUGGUCGGACUUAUCGGAAACGCUUUAGUCUGCGUGGCCGUCUACAGGAAUCGAACAAUGCGAACUGUAACGAACUAUUUCAUCGUUAACUUGGCGGUGGCUGACUUUUUAGUGAUUUUAAUCUGCUUGCCACCAACUGUGGUGUGGGAUGUCACAGAAACAUGGUUCAUGGGCACUGUAGCUUGCAAAAUGGUUUUGUACUUUCAGCUAUUCCAUGCACAAACCUGGGAAUUAGGUAAUUUUGGUAGAAAACGGGUGUAG